GGGCGGUCUCACCACUCGAUGUAUCUGAUUCGCCACACUUGCUACUGCCACACCAUCCUCCGACCGUCUUCCGAUGCGGACUGUCCGGGGAGGCAAUCAACGCUCUAUAUGGUAUCUCUCAUCAACACCACCCAGUAUGGAUCCUGGCCGAGUCGGAGGAUUCACUGGACCGCGUCGGUAAGGCGCGAUGAGUCAGUCCUAUCUUCGCGUUCGCUUUCGGCUCCGCGAAGCCAGAGCACGCCUGGUGGUGCGUGUCUUACAAACCGGCCAGGGACGCUGCAGCUCACGCAAGUACACCACGUUGAGCACAUCCCGCAUUCAGAAACGCUCUCGGACGAAUGUAUGAGACGCAAUGCCCUCCAAGGAUGACUGCAAACCAGCACGUCGCUAGAGAUUAGUGUCUGCCCGUAGAUACGCAAACCUUCACAUACCCUCCGUGACGUCGCCUGCAUACAGCGUACAUAGGUUCAUUCUGUGGUCACCUUCUGCCCGUGCCUGUCCGUCCCGAUUCCGCUGCCGUCCGAGCAGUGGUAUCGCUGUUGCCAAUGAUCAUCCUCCAUUCACACAUGAUAAGUCCGGUCGAGCUGCGUUACGUCUACCCACAUGUGCAGCUUCGAGAACCUCAGAACGUUGCCUCCUCGAGGCUUGCCGUAAACGGUGGUACGUGGGGCAUGUCGGGCUUGCGGCCGAGAUUCGCGCGGCUUCUGAAGCUAGCUCGAGUCCCGUGCCGCAAAGGAACUGUAAGAUAUCCAAAGAUAGCAGCGAAGAGCCCGAGUGCGCACGCGACCACGAAGGAGAUGCGAGACGGCUUGGACUAACCUCCUUCCCGAAGGUGAGCGAGCUGCGAGGAUCUACAGGGGCUUUGCGAGUACACAUGGAAGACGGCAAUCGUCUGCGAUACGAAUGAGGGAAGCCAAAGGAACCGAAACGAAUGUGCGACGUUCACCGGGGAGACCUGGCGCUCCGCAUUCUAUGACGCACGAUCGGCGACCCUUCUCG